GCAUUUACUGGUACCCGCAGAAUGUUUAAUUUGAUUCAGGAUUUGUAUUUUCAACUUGAUAUAAUCGUGCACAGAUAUUCUCAUAUUUAUAUAUCUACUUAGUAUAAAUAUAAUAUAGAAACAUGUUGAACACUAUUGCUCAUGAUGUAAAAAAGAAGCCACGCACUAAGGAUGUUAAAAUACUAGAAGAUGUAACUUUCUCUCAAAUGGGACUUUCUCAAAAUAUUUUGAAUGGCUUAGCUAAUUGUGGUUUUCAAAGUCCAUCUCCCAUACAACUCAAAGCAAUACCAUUAGGACGCUGUGGUUUUGAUUUAAUAAUAAAAGCAAAAUCUGGAACUGGAAAGACAUUAGUAUUUGGUACUGUGGCUCUUGAAAUGAUAGAUGUUCAAGUAUCUUCUAUACAAGUUUUAAUAUUAGCACCUACACGAGAAAUAGCUAUCCAAAUUUCUGAAGUUUUGUCAUCUGUCGGUUCAGAAUUGAAAGGAUUGAAAGUUGAAUCUUUUAUUGGAGGAAUGAUUUUAAAUGAUGAUAAAAAAAAAGUUAAGGUAUGUCACAUAGCAGUUGGAACUCCAGGUAGAGUAAAAUAUUUAAUAGAGAAAGGGUUCCUUAAAACUGACAAUAUCAGAUUAUUUGUACUUGACGAAGCAGAUAAAUUAAUGGAAAAUAGUUUCCAAGGAGACAUCAAUUACAUAUUUUCUACAUUACCAAUUAGUAAACAAGUUAUAGCAUCAAGUGCAACUUAUUUAGGAGAUUUGGAAUCUUUUCUUCAAAUGUAUAUGUGUUCACCAGUAUUAACAUCUCCAGAUGACAAUGGACCAGUUCUUGUUGGUUUAAAACAAUUUGCUUCUGUAGUUCCUUCACAUCCAUAUACAAUGAAACAGGUCAAAUUAAAAGUAAAAGAGCUUAUCAAGAUUUUUAAUAAAAUUCCAUUUAAACAAUGUUUAGUAUUUUCAAAUUACCAAUCACGAGCACAAUCUGUGUGUAAUAAAAUUAAUUCGAUGGGUUUUUCUGCUGCUUACAUAACAGGAAAUCAAGAUAUGGUUAAGCGACAACAGGCUAUUAAAAAAUUAAAAACAUUUAAAUGUAGAAUAAUGAUAACAACCGAUUUAACUGCUAGAGGUAUUGAUGUUGAAAAUGUAAAUUUAGUUGUCAAUUUUGAUAUACCUGGAGAUGCAGCUACAUAUUUACAUAGAAUUGGAAGAGGUGGUCGUUAUGGAUCUUAUGGAAUUUCUAUCACUAUUAUCUCAGACAAUGAAUUACAGUCGUUCAAGAAUAUAUUAAGAACUGUUGGGGGAAAUAAUUUUUCCAUUGCUAAACUUCCUGUAGAGUAUCCACUUAAUAUUUGGAGUUCUGAUUAUACAGCAUUUGAUAAGAUAUUUGGAAAAUGUGAUUGUGAUAUAGAUGAAGAAGAAAUUGACAAUAGAAGACUUGAUUCAGAUGAUGGCUUGCCUACUCUUAUAUCUCAUGAGAAAUCUCAGUGUAACGAAGUAUUUUUACAAAAUAAUAAAAAUAAUGAAAAUAAUAUUCAGUUAUCCUUCAAUGAAAAUAUGUUAAAUCAAAUAAGUAAUAAUCCGGUAUAUGAAAAUAGUAAUUCUUUUGAAUAUAUAACUACAUCAAAUUCAGAAGACACUACGUCGACUAAUUCGUUACUUGCACAACAUACAGCAGAAGAGAACGAACUUGAAUGUCCUUUAAGAAAUAAAGUGGAAAAGGAAAUACCAAAUGUUGAUACUUCAUGUAUUGAACCAACAUCAAAGAAUUUAUAUGAAUUUAAAUUAAUAAAUAAUUCCAAUAAUCCAUCCGAGUUUCAGAAACUUAAUGAAGAUGUUGUGUUUAAAGUUGAUUUAUCUAAUGUUGAGCAGGAUGAAUUAUUAAAUAUUCAUAAUAAUGAAAUGAUGGAAUAUUUGAAAUUUACAAUCAAUAGGAAAUAUGCUACAAAUAUGACUACUCAGACAAAUAAUACAAUUAAUUCUGAAAUUAUGAAUGAUAAUAAUUCAAUAUUUGAAAAUAACGAAGAACAAAGCAACUUCACAGAAGAGAAUAAUGCUAUGUGUGUUGAAUUAUCGUUACCAGAAGAUACAGAAGAUACUGAUGCUCUUUAUAUUAAAGAAUUAUUGAACUAUUUGCAAAUAAAUGCAGAAAGUUUCAAAAAACAGAAUAAAUUUGAUAUAGGAUAUGAUGAUGAUUCUAUACUAAGUAUAGCAUCAGCAUGGAAUAAACAGCUUAACUUUGAAAUUUAUUUAUUAGACAAUACAAUGAAAAAUAUAUCAAAUUCUAUUUGUAGUCCUAUAACAGAUGACUUUAAUUUAUUAAUUUUAAAAGCUUUCUUGCAAGUACAGAAGAAAGCUUUUCUCUAUAUUUAUCCUGAACUUCGUACUGAAAAAGAAAUUGAUGAUACCUAUUUAUAUUCAUCACACAUGAAUCAAAAUCUGAUAGAUAUGUACAUGGAAAUAGAAGAUUUUAAAAGUUAUUAUAGACAAUAUGGAAAAAAAUUUGAAUACUUUCCGUAUUCGAUGAAGGGAGAUGUUUUUAUGCCAAAUUUAAUGAUAUCUGAUAAAGAAAAGGAAUAUUAUCGUACAGUAUUACACUUUUUACAAAACGAACCAGAUAUUUCAUUAAGAUUCGCAGAAUGGAUUAAACAUUUUACGGUCUUAGAUAAAUUUGAAUAUGAUAGUUUAAGUACUAAAAUACUAAAUAAAGAUAAAAUAUCUUUCGGCGAAUUAUUUGUUUUAAUACAACAAGAGAGUAUCAAAAAGACAAACAGUGAAGUUAAAUUAAUACAGAAAGAUUCUUCGUAUCCUGCAAUACAUGAAAAUAAGUGUAUUCAAUCAAUAAAUCAUAAUUAUACAAAUGACUUUAUAUUAAACAAAAUUCACGAAGAUCCAGAAAGCAUAAAGAAACUUGGUGAGGAAAUGAAUACAAUGGAUCAGGGAAAUAAAUUAAAUAAAAAUUCUAGUGUAAUAGAAGAUUCAGUUACAUGUGAUCAAACAUGUAAUAUAAAUAUAGAAACAAUAGGUGAGAGUAAUGAAACUGACCUGUCAGAUAAAUCAUCUUUGGAUAUUGACAAUGCCAAAAACGACUUAUUUCCAAUUGUAAGUGAAAAAACAAAAUACAAUUAUACAUGGAAGGAACAUUCAACCAAAACAUCUAUGAAUUCAUGUAAAUCUGUAGCACAAAAAAGCUUAAAUGCUAUUCAAACUGCUUAUGUUCCAUUAGUACAACCAUGCAAUGAACAAGUAGAUCCAGAAACUAUUAGUCUUUGUAAACAAAUGGAUAGUUUUGAUGAUCAUUCAGUACCUAAAAAAUGUUUAAAUACAAAACAAUAUUCUAAUAUAGGUGUGCAAACUGCAGUAUCUUUUUGUCAUAGGAAAAAAUGCAAUGCCAAUACAAAAUCAGAUGGAGUUUCUUUUUAUUGCGAUGUUAAUGAGUGGAACAGUUAUAAUCAUAAUCAUAGUAUAGAUCCUUGGAUUCAAUCGUAUUGUUUUUAUAAUAAUUAUACAGAUAAUAACUUUUUUUAUAAUCUAAGUUAUGACACGUGUCCGAAACAAAUUUCUCUAAAUAAUGAUUAUUACAAAUCAAAAAUUAACCAAAAUACAUCAAAUAAUUCUGUAAAUUCUAAUCAUAAAGAAGAAAUAGACAUUGAAGAAUUAUUUACAUCCAUUAGAAUGCAAACUAAUAAUUUACAUUGGCACAUUUAUCAGUCUCAGAUGUUAGAAUAGUGUACUAAAAAUGAAUAGUCAUAAUCAAAUGAUGCGCUUAUGGAUAUAUAUAUAAAUAAUAUGUUAAUAUUAUAAAUUAAAUGUUACAUUAUUUUUGGUCAUGAUUUCUAACGAUUGAUUUAUAAUCGAUUGGUAAUGUAUAAUGAUAUGCGAAACGAUCGAUAGUAAAAGGUCAUAUGUUAUUGGUAUGCAUUUAUAAGAUACAUGCUCUGUGUGCCAUGUGUAACCUUUUACCAUCGAUACCGUACUACUUGAUCUUACGUAAUUCAAUUGAUCUUUCUCGAUUGAAUUUUGUGGGAUUACAAAUCGCAUAUGUCCUAUUGAGUAAAAAGAUUGAUGUAAAAGACGCGUAUUAUAUAGUUUUAGGGUUAGG